AUAAGUAGCUCAAAAGCAUAUCCUCUCCUGAACAAGACCUAGUUCUCUCCCUUCUCCUGGACUGUUACAUUGCCCAUGGUGUCCUUGCAAACAGCCAUCUCCCCCGCGGAGGAGGAAGAGGAGAAGCCGUGCAUGGAACUCAAGAGCCGCACGGUGUCGAGGAAAAGGAAGUCGCCGGCCGUGGAGGCUUGCAAGUCGGCAAAGAAAGCUAGAGAGGAGGAAAAGGAAAAGAGAGGUGUCAUGGAGCUUAACCUCCUCGAUGCUCACCCAGAGAUCAAGUCGGAGGUCGACCCUAGAGCAAUGAAGGUGAGCUUGAACCUUGACCUUGAGCUCAACUUAUCAAGCACCCAGUCGGAGACGGGUUGUGCCUCCAAAGGAGGAGAAGAGAAAGAAGAAGAUGAGGUAAAGAGGACGACAGAGGAGAUAGAAGAGAUGGUGGCGACGGUGUGCAUGCGUUGCCACAUGCUGGUGAUGAUGACCAAGGUUGCCUUGUCGUGUCCCAAUUGCAAGUUUGUGCACGCACCGGACCAGAGUUCAUCCUUGGCCUUGAUCAAAUCGGUCUAGGCUAUUUGUGCCGCAAGGAUUAACAAUAAGUUGUCAGACCACAAGCAAACUAAGUGUGCACCAAGGGAAAGAGAGCAAAAGAAGUGAUAGAAGGUAGCACAAUAUUGGAUAAAGAGUGAAAACAUUGUACAACUUCCACAUAAAUAUGGUGAAGUAGGGGGUAGGCGAUGUGAUCGAUUAUGAAUACGCAUACUCUUCCAAUCGGUUUCGUAACUCGUCCGACCAUGAAAAAUAUGCAAACUACAAGCAUUGGGGCAAAAGUUUUUAA